CUUUGUUCGACAGACGACUACACCCCGUACAACAACCCGAUCUCCGCCAGGCCUGGACAGGCCAAGAAAUAAGUUCACAAUGGCUACAGGUGUAGAUGCGAAGCUCUUAAAAUCGACCAGGUUCCCGCCGGAAUUUUCCCAGAAGGUUGAUAUGCAAAAAGUUAACCUUCAGGUAAUGAAGAAAUGGAUUGCUAGCAGGAUCUCGGAGAUUUUGGGAAACGAAGAUGACGUCGUGAUAGAGCUUUGCUACAAUCUGAUUGAGAGCUCUCGUUUUCCUGACAUCAAAGGCCUACAGAUUCAGCUUACCGGGUUUCUAGACAAGGAGACGCCCGGUUUCUGCAAAGAGCUAUGGAAUUUGUGCUUGAGCGCCCAAGCGAGUCCACAGGGCGUGCCGAAGGAGCUUCUGGAAGCAAAGAAGCGCGAGCUUAUGCAAGAGAAGAUCGAAGCUGAAAAAGCAGCAGAGGAGCGACAAAAACGCGAGGCACAAUCUUUUCGAGGACGAGGCGAUGGGCGCUCCGACAGCUACCGUGGAGGGGGCCGUGGUCGCGGUCGCGGGGGUGGUUUCGGAGACAGGGACAUGAGUGACCGACGGGGUGGUUUCAAUCGUGGAAGGGACGGCUCUCGCUCACCACCGCCGCGUGGCGGUGCUGGUGGUGACUCGUACAGAGCUCCCCGUCGGGAUAUUUAUGUGCCUCGCGGUCGCAGAAACUCCAUGGGAAGGCGUGGCGACACGAAACGAAGGUCACCUUCUCGAUCUCCUUCAGUAAAUUCUGGGACCUCAAGGUCGAGAACACGCAGUGCAAGCUCUGCUAGUAGCGACAGAUCUCCGUCCCGUUCGCGCUCGCCGCCACCCCGACGUGAUCAACGUGGUUCCCGAUAUCGAGGUUUAAGGAAGAGGUCACGAUCCCCGCGCCGGUCAUACCGACCUAGACGCCGCUCUUCCUCAGUCGCUAGCGUUUCUCGGUCUCGGUCACCCAAAAGGCGUAGGAGGGCUAGCUCGCGUAGCCGAGAGCGUCAAAAUCUUCACGCUCACGCUCACGCAUGCGCAGCCGGAGCCGAAGCCGGAGCCGUAGUCCACCGGGUGGCAAGAAUGGCAAACCCGGGCGGGGCGGCAAGAGGAGAGGACGAUCACCAACGCGCAGUCCAAGCCCGGCAAGUUCACGAGGUGGCAGUCGCCGGCGGCGGCGCCAUGGUUCACGUAGCCUCAGCAAAGAUCGUCGCAGCCGCAGCCCUAAUCGUAACCACGGUCGUCACAGAAGCACAAGUCGAGACCGGGGCAAGAAUCGUGAUCGAUCCAACUCACGCCAUAGGCGAAAGGGGUCGGAUAGGAAGAGACGCCAAAGCCCCUCGAUUUCACCACCAAGAGAAUCACGAGACAAAUCAGCUGAUGGAUCCCGCAACAAAGACAGACCAACAUCACAGCCACGCACUGGCGAGCCAGAACCUACCACCGGCGUCUCAAGCCCGCCCAAGGUCCGCUCUCCGCUUCAGUGAGCCGGUAGUCAUGGAGGGCUGA